AUGCCAGAAAGUAUGUCUCAAGCAAGCUAUUCAGAUUCGUCAUAUGAAAAAAUGUCUAUCAUAUCUCAAGAAAGUUAUUCAAGCAAAAUUUCAACUCGAGCAAAAAAAAAGUAUUCUGAGAAACUUCUAUCAGCACACAGGCUUCCAGAAAUAUGUCUUGCCAAAAGAUAA